CUAUAUGACUCUGGAGCAUCGCGUCAUAUGUCCCCAUAUCGCUACAGAUUCCUUAAUUUCGUCUCCAUCCAGCCAAAGCACGUAACCGCUGCAGAUAAUGGAAAGUCCAGUGCAUUAGGACGAAGGGACAUGAAAAUUGCGACUCCAGGAAAGGAAAAAGUCGAAACAACUAUUCUUUUAAAAGACGUGUUGUAUGGCCCAACUCUAGGUGGCACCCUCGUGUCUGUGAGCAACAUUGCUGCAUUAGGACAUGCUGUAUUGUUGUGA